AUGCAGCGGCAGAAAGAAGCCAGCUGGCUCGUGUCAAGAUUAGCAAACGUCCCUCAUGGAGUUAUUUCCUCUCGAUUUCCCGAAUUUCUUCCUCUUUUUCACACUACAAAUGUAAAACGAUUCCUCGCGACGGGUCCGUGCAUGACGCGGGUUUCGGGUGUACGUACACCCCGAUCUGCAUCAUGCACGGUCGGCGCACCCCCCUGGGUUUCAGGGGUUUGUUUCCCAAGAGUUUGUUGCAAUAAUCGUGGAUUUUCAUCAAAUGCAUCUUUAUCUUCCGCUUUAUCUUCGGAAUCCUCUAAAUAUCCCGCAACAAAUACACCAAAUGAUGUAGAGGAUGCGGUGAAAACCGGUAAGGUUACCGAGACGGAACUUGAAGGAAACAAAGCGCUUUCGCCUUCCGCUAAGGUUUAUAAGAAGGCAAUUCCUCCUAAUUUCGUGACGGAAACAUUUUUACCGCAUUUAGAGGAUCAGAUUAUUCAUAUGGCUCCUUCUUUCUCUAUUUUGCAACUUGGCGAGGUAGGAGGUGCAUACGGCCGUUUACCGCCGAUCAUGAGGGAGAAAGAAGUAGAAAAGGUACUUUUAAAUCAUCUACGUAAUAAUAUGAAGAAUAUAUAUACACCAGAGGAGGUAGUAGCAGUUGUUUCUUUAAUGGAGCUUUUUUAUUCAGGAAAUGAUGAACGAAGGAAGAGAAGCGGUCUUUUUUCCGCUUUUUCUAAGACAGCUAGUGGUGUAGAGAAGGAUUUAUUUUUUACAUUAAAGGAUAAAUUAGAGAAACAAAAAGGAUUAUUAAAUGGUUUAUCUUUAUUGAAUUUAUUCUCUAUAGUUCGUUGUUAUACAAAGGUAUUAUCUAUAGAUAAUGCAUUUAAUCAUAAAGAAAAAGAAGAAAUACAAUUAUUUAUUAAAUCCUUAAGAAAAGAAAUACAAAAUAUGGUCAAGAAACUUCAUCCUCCUGAGCUUAUUGCUGUUAUAGGCUCAAUAGCUAAAUAUGGAUCUAUAGCCUUCCCGGAGAAGCAGCAGCAGCAGCAGCAGCAGCAGCAGCAGCAACAGGAGCAGCAGGAAAUGCAGGAUCAGCAGCAAGUGCAGCAAGAAUUAUUAUUAGAUAGGAAGAGUAUACAAUUAAUUAUAUCUAAAAAUCCUCAUUUUGCUAUAUUACCCCAUUUAUUACAACAGGUGGAUAUACACCUGAAUAAAGAUAAUUUUUCUUUUAUUCAACUUUUUUAUUUGCUGCAUUUAUUGCAAAGAUGCUCAAUUAAACAUAAAGGUCUAUUAAAUGAAUGUAUUUAUUUAUUACAUUAUGGUACAUAUAGUCCAAAACCACAGCAGCAGGAGGAGGAGGAGGAGCAGCAGCAGCAGCAGCAGGAACAGCAGCAGCAGCAGCAGCAGCAGCAGCAGCAGCAAGAACCAGAACAGCAGCAGCAGCAGCAGCAGCAGCAGCAACCAGAGGAGGAAGUCUCGUUAGAUAUAGAUCCAGAUAAAUUACGACAAAUGAAUACAUUAGAGGCAGCAGAAUAUAUAAGAGCAUUAGCUAAGCGUAUACAGCGUGAGGAAUUGCUGCAGCAGCAGCAGCAGCAGCAGGAGCAGCAGCAAGAGGAGGAGGAGGAAGAAAAAGAAUUUGCUGCUGCUGCUGCACAGCAGCAGAAUAUGGUUGAUCUAAUGCCUCCUUCCUUGCUCAUUAAAAUUGCUUGGUGUUUUAAACAACUCGGAGAAUUCGAUAAAGUUGAAAGUGUACUCGAAAAACCUGUAAGGGUUUAG